AUGAUUGGAGAUGAUGGUGUCGAUGUAGAGCUUCCGCCAAGAUCAUCCGACAAGGAAAUCUUCCACACAUCUGAGGUUAAGGCUUUCUUUGUAGAGAUUCUCAAAGGCAGUGAGAAUUACAGCACAUGGAGAAGAUCGAUGCUGAUUGCUUUGGUUGCUAGAAACAAAGUUAAAUUCGUUAAUGGAAAGCUGCCACAACCUGAUGAAGAUCACGAUGAUUAUGACAGUUGGUGUAGAUGCAACAACACUGUCAUCUCUUGGAUCUUGCACGCAAUUUCUGAUGAGAUUGCAGACAAUAUCAUGUAUCAUGAUAAUGCUGCAGAAAUUUGGGCAGAGUUACAUGAACGCUUCACUGAGAAGAAUGCACCUCGUAUCUUUGAAGCAAAGAAGAUGAUGGAAAUCCUCACUCAAGAAUCCAACACUGUUACUACAUACUAUACUCAAUUGAAAGCAUUAUGGGAUCAAAUAAGGGAGUAUAGACCACAACCUGUUUGUUCUUGUAAUGCAAUGAAGGUGAUCCAAGAGUAUCAAGAAGAGGAUCGAUUACUCGAAGUUUUGGUUGGAUUAAAUGAUUUCUACAGCUUGGUUAGGUUUAGAUUUUGA